AUGCCGGAAUCCACGGCACACCGUACGACCCAUGCGGGUGUAGCGGAUGUGAUGCGCAUAGAUGGGGUUUACUACGACACCUUGAAGCUUGCCGCUAUCCAUCCCGGAGGGCCUAUGAUGAUUAAAAUGGCCAAUGGCACCGAUGCCACACGAAUAUUCGUAAGCUACCAUCGCCGGCGGUUCCCCCAUGCAAAGUACAAGCACUUGCAGGUAGCGCCAGCAGAUGUGCAGAGUGGCCUGAUUGCAGACGAAGUGCCACCCAACUUCGACUUGUAUUUGGAGCUCUGUGAAAAGGUGCGACCGAUUAUAAGUCCUACGAACGGAUUCGCCCCCUGGUAUUACUUCAUUAAAGCCGCAGUGUGGUCUCUUAUUGUGCUUGCCCUGGACCUGUACGCCGUCUUCACGUGGCGGCCUUUAUACCUCACAGUUCUUCAAUCACUCGCCAUGGCGAUGUUGGGGUUGAAUGUGCAACAUGACGCUAACCACGGGGCCCUGAGUGUGAACCCUGUCAUUAAUAGAGUUUUUGGUCUAACGCAGGAUCUGCUGGGAGGCAGUUCUAUAAGCUGGAUUAUUCAUCAUGACUUUAUUCAUCAUAUUUACACCAAUGAACCACAUCGUGACCUUGACUUGGAUAUUCCGCUGUUGAGGUUGCAUCGGUUUGUUCCCAAGCGUUACUACUAUGCCCUUCAGCAAGUUUACUUUCUGGUCCUAGAAGCCGUCUUUGGCCCCAUUCAUGUGCUUUCAAAUGCGUUGUUUUUGUGGUCUGGGCCAGAAAAGAGACUGCGAUUUCUCCGCGGUGAAUGGAAGCUCAGCUGCCUCAUGACGUUAAUACCGCCGUUGCGCCUGGCGUUUAGCUUUUUGCAUGCUUCUACGGUAUGGGACGCUUUCAUGGGGUUUUUUGUUCAGUACGCCGUGGGUGGGAUGUAUCUUGCCUUCUUUUUCCUAAUUUCCCACAACUUCACCGGGGUAAGGAAGGAAGGAAGCAGCGAUGGGGCGUGCUUUCUCAGAGCUCAGGUGGAAACAAGCAGUAGCGUGGGUGGGUGGUGGCUGGGACAAAUAAAUGGUGGUUUAAAUUACCAGAUAGAGCACCACCUUUUUCCACGUGUGCACCAUGGGUAUUACUACUACAUCGCUCCCACUGUAAGAAACUUCUGUGCAGAGCGUGGGAUUUCCUAUGUCCAGUUUAAUACGCUGUGGGAAAACGUACUCAGUACCGUGAACCACCUGAGCGCAUAUGGGCACGGAGCGGAGCGGGAGAUUGCGGUGGGAAAGGAAUGA